GUCAAACUAGGGUUAUGUUAUGGGGAAGUAAGACUAAAGAGUUCAUAAUUUUAUAUUUCAAGUUCUAACGAGGUGAGGACAGUGAGAGAAAUUUGAAAGGUUUAUAUUUGUAAAGUAACUUUAUAAUAGAAAUAUAACACUAAUUUUACGUUAUUUAAAUUAACAAAGUUAAAUCUUAUAGUUGAGAAAAUCGACAGUUCAUCUAAUCCAUAUCUUGCAAGUAAACAGUAGGAGAGUACCUCAGUUCUUUUUUCUUGUGUUAUAGGUUUGUUCACUUAUAAACACAUCUUAAAUAAGUCUCCUCACACAUGGAUACACCUUUGUUUUGGAAUAUUUUGGACAUUCCAGCACCUGUAUGUUUGUCUGUCCCUUUUAGCUGUGGAAAUGCAAAAAAAGUGUGUGGUCAAAUCAAGUUUGCAAUGAAUCAGAUUAAAAUGAAGAUGAAUGAUCUGACUCAGUUAGACCUGGAGGCAGCAACACUUUCUAGAUUAAUUUACAGAUCAAAGCAUAAACAUCGACAAGAAAAAAGUUUUAAAGCAUUGCAAAUGAUAAAUCGCUGCCUGACAAACUACAAGACGAUGCAUCUACCCUUCACUUUGUCGUCAGUGAGGGAUACACUACAAGACAAUUGUGGCCCGACGAGACAGAUGAUGGAGUGGACUCUAGUCAGACUGUACGGAGUGGCUCAUCUCUUCCACAGAGUCUACUUACUGUGUCUGGAUGCUGCUGGUCAUCUGUUUGUCAAGGUCAAGUUGACACAUCUGUGGGAGCUCACAAUGUUUUCACUGGCUGUUGUCAGCAGGAUAUGGACUCUUUCCCAGUAUCUUGUUCGCCUGGCCUGUGAGUGGUAUCAAAAUCUCUAUCAGUUCUUGGACAAACUCCAACCCAGUUCUACCCCUUGGCUACCAGAGGGCAGAGUACUCCCAUCUGAUUUGGCGAGAACUUUGAAUAAUCCUAAAUAUCUUAAGCUUAAAUCUGUGGAAAAUCCAAGUAAUUUACUUCAACAGGUAGAUACUUCACUACCUGAACCUGAAAGAGCACAGCUUACAAAAAAAGUAUUGUCUGUUUUAGACAAUGGUUUAUUUGAUGACAUUGGAGAAUCCAUUCAAUCGAAGCAUUACAAGAGGAACAAAGGUUUAUGUAGAGAACACACUGAAAAUCAUUUGGUCAAACAUAAGAAGCAAAUUGAAACAGAAAUGGAAUGGAAAACAUCUCAAAAGAAAGAUGGUUGUCAGAAAAAAAAUACAAGCACUCCAUCGACAAUAUAAAAUCAUCUCACGAUUUGUUGAAAUUUCUCCAGGUUGAAUCAACAUACCACGGUUCCACCUCAAAUCACUUAAAAUCAUCUACAAAGCAGUCUGUUUUUAAAAAUGUAGAUAAACUGCAGUGGACAAUGAU